UGUUUUUGUUUUCUUACCAGUCUAUUGGUUAAAUCUGUUGAACCAUAUUUUUAGGUUUGUCGUUUGUUUUGAUUUUUUUUACAUUCACUUUAAUUAUCGAUGGAUUAAUUUCUAGUUUUUUCAUCAUUUACCACUUUAUCUAUGAUGUGUGUCACCGUUAAUCUUGUUCUUUAAUCUCAAAUGCAUUGGAUUUUUAGCUGAAAAUGUUAUAAGAUAUUGGCGUUUCAUGUGGUUAACAUUAUCAUUGAUACAUCCGUAUUUCAACUGUUUUUUUGCUCUGCCUUCUCAUGGCUGUGAUUACUUCUAAAGACGUUCUCAACCUUUACAGGUCACUCAUUCGAUAUGGUUAUAAUCUCAAGCUAUCGGACAAGAAAUUUUACUUGAAAAGAAUUAGACAAGAAGUCAGAAAGAACAAAGAAUUAACCAAACCAGAGGACAUUGAUUACGCAUAUCAGAAAGGAUUAGUUUUCUUACGAAAUGGAAGACUUAUGUGAAAAAUGUGCCAACUCUAUAUUUUUGCUGUGACAUUGGUUUCCAGAAUCACAUUUAACUAAUUAAGAAGAGACUUUUCAAUAUAAUACAUUUAGUUUCCCUGGAGAUUAAUCGUGCUGUUAAUUUUUCACUGUCAUAAAAUACAAGACCUUAACAUCUUUUCAAGUUAAGGUCAUAGAAGUGAAACAAUCAUCCUAGUAAUCAUCUUAAUAAACGCUCCAACCAGUUGUUUAAAUUGCUCAGCAUACAAUUUCUGUGCAGAGUAAAUUGCAUUUUUUCCUAUCCAUAGAGGCUUUCAUUGAAAUCAACGGACUCAUUUAAUGGUCACCAAAUUGCACCUCAAUGUUUACCCUAAAAGAACUUGUUAAUUGGUUUGGUGUGACAGUUUUUGAACUGAUUAUCAUAACUGUUGCCAUAUUUUUCUACACAAUUACCAUUGCAAUCAAACUAGAUGGUUUUUUGCCAAUAAGCUGGUGGUUCGUUCAUCUACCGCUAUUUCUAGCAGAUUUUUUUCUAGCCUACUUUUGCGUAAUCGUGUUUAUACGGCAAUGUUUGGACUGUCUUUACCGGACCGCAUUUUUUCGAGCUUUCUGGAGUUUCAAUCAAAUUGCUGUUUUAUUUACCAUCAAAUUUUUCCUAUGCUUGAAGUUAGAAGGCGAUCGACGGAUAAGCUGCUCAGAGAUUUGGGCUCCAAUCUUUUUUCACCUUUUAUUGUUAAUGUUGCGAGGCUGCCAAAUCCAUUAAUAACAAAUUGAAGAGAAAAAGGAAAAAAAGCAGAGAAAAAUUUAUAAGAAAACCUCUCAAGAAUCCAACGGAAAUCAUGAGACCGGAAAACGUAAACCUACAUAAAAUGUCAUAAAGAAAGCAACAUUUCUGGUAUUACCUGGCUAUGAACAUUUGUAUAAAAGCUGAUUGAACAAAACAAAAAAGAGGAGGUAAAUUUAACAAUCCAUUAAAAUGGAAUUCAAUUGUAUCAUUAACUUCAUAACAACUACACCAACAACAACAAUUAUCACAAGUUAAAUAAAUUUGUACAUUUUCACAUGUAGUUA